AUGGCUUCCACCUCAAAGAACAAAAGCUUCUGCUUCUUGGUGCUUUUGUUCCUGUUUAACAUAGCUUCUGCACAAUUGUCUUCGGAUUACUAUGCAACAAGAUGUCCGAGAGCCCUUUCUACAGUUCGGACUGCAGUUUAUAAUGCAGUGGUGAAGGAGCAUCGCAUGGGAGCAUCCUUGCUCCGUCUCCAUUUUCACGAUUGCUUUGUUAAUGGAUGUGAUGCAUCUGUUCUAUUAGAUGACACUGCAAAUUUUACUGGGGAGAAAACAGCUUUACCAAAUUUGAACUCAUUGAGAGGAUUUGAUGUGAUUGAUACAAUAAAAUCUCAACUGGAAAGUAUCUGCCCCGGGAUUGUUUCCUGUGCAGAUAUCCUCGCCAUUGCAGCCCGUGAUUCAGUUCUUUCAUUGGGAGGGCCUUCGUGGAUAGUUCAAUUAGGCAGACGAGACUCCACCACAGCAAGUUUAAGUGCUGCAAAUUCUGAACUCCCAUCUCCGAGCCUAGAUGUUAAUGACCUCAUCUCUGCCUUCUCGAAUAAAGGCUUUAGUGCCAAAGAUUUGGUAGCUCUCUCAGGAUCUCACACAAUGGGGCAAGCCAAGUGUGUUUUGUUCCGAGACCGGAUCUACAAUGAGUCUACCAUCAAUUCAGCAUUUGCUACAUCACUGCAAUCAAAGUGUCCAAACUCAGGGAGUGAUGACAAUCUUUCCCCACUGGAUGUUACAAGUCCUGUUUUCUUCGACAACGCUUAUUAUAAAAACUUGGCCAACAACAAGGGUCUCUUGCAUUCUGACCAACAACUCUUCAGUGGUGGCUCAACAGAUUCUCAGGUUACAAUUUACAGCACCAACCCUUCAGCUUUCUUUGCAGAUUUUGCCAAUGCCAUGGCGAAAAUGGGCAGCCUCAACCUGCUUACUGGAUCCAGUGGUCAAAUUCGUACAAACUGUCGCAAAAUAAAUUGAACUAGCAGCUCUACAUGGGAAAUGCUUUCUAGUUCAAUAAAUUCAAGUGACUCAUACGAUAGUAAUCUUUGUUUCUACUCAUUUUACUGAAGUGAAAAACUAUAAUAUUUAUGUUGUACUUGUAUACCGAUUUCAGAGCUCAAAAGUCGAAAUAAGAAAUACGUGCAAUACAUCAUUGAUGUAAUGCAGUAAAUCAUUACUAUAAUUAAUAU